UCUCUAGAGAUGUUUGCAGUCUCUUCGCAGAGCUGGCUUGAAUGGUUGAACACAAAACGGACUACUGAUCCAAAAUUUGGCCCGAUGAUGAGUGGAAUUCCAGAAAUGCAGAAAGAACUACUUGAUCGGACAGCAACAGAAAACAUGUCGCGAUAUCGUUUCCACUAUUUCAACGUACAUUCAAAGAUCAGCGAUAGGGCGAAUCGCAUUCUGAGUAAAAAUAUACUGGAACGUGGUUACCGCAAGCUACGAGGUACCAUUACAGAUGCUUUCCAGGUCUUCAAGUCAACAGGAAUAAAUCCAAUCCGCGUUUUGGUUCCCAAAAUCGUACCGAUAAUUUUCUCAGAGGCUGAGCGUUCAAGCGCUGACCGGCGACUCGAGUCAUUGAUUGACUCGUGGAGAUGGCGAUGGGACAUUAAAUGGAUUACUUUCGACUACACUCUACGAACCAACGGAAUUCCACAUCGAAGUGUCUCAAAAGCGUACUACCGCAAAAUUGUGAACUGGAACAAGGAGAUAUUGGACGUUAUGGAGCGCCCCCGUCAAAUUGAACAUCAAUUUACAGCUCCUAAGAAGUUGAUUGAUGCGUGGAAACACAGUGUGAUCAAUAAACUCGAAGAUCUUGCCCAAGAAGUCAGAAGUCGUGUCAAGGAUCUUUUCAAAAAGGUGGAAGACAAUAUCAAGACAAGCAAGCUUAGCAAGACUCUGAUGGACCGAAUUCUCCAGGAAUGGGGUGAUACUGAGGACGACGUCCACGAUCUGAUUGGUCGCUUCAAGAAGGACCUACAUCGAACCACCAUAGCACAAUAUCGCAAAGUCACCACUGAAGAAGAUAUCGGUUGCAUAAUUGCUAAACUCACCAAGGAGCCCUUCAGGGAAGCUCAAAAAGAACAGAGAGGGAAAGGGGUGUUGGAAAAGCAGCACAAGAAGUUGAAAUCUUCUCUGGAGGGAUUCAUAUCUAUCUACGAAACUCACGCCAUUGAAAUGAUGAGAGAAGGGCUGGCACAGAAAACAAGCCGGUUCUUGGAGCGCCUAGGAAAGUUUCUUGAUGUCUUCAUCCAAAACGUCGAAGAGCUCUUCGAGAAUAACGUUGGGGGUGAUACGAAAUAUCUACAAGCGCGCGAAAAGCUUCAAGAGUGGCUUCCUAGGUACACAAGGACCAUUGAAGAACUCCAGUCCAUGUUCCCAGCACAGGAAUCAAGGGUGAAGGAUCACUCGGAGCAACCGCCGAAGCGACUCAAGGCGGAGAUCGUGAAAUCUGAAGAAGAAACGAAGAAGAUAUGAGCGAUAGCUUUAUCGUGGAACUCUGUGUAUAUAGGCCAUGAACCGUGGCAUAAGAGAUCUUGGCUUUGUUCUUUCAAGGACAGUUCUGGAUGAAUGAAGUCUUUGAACCAGGACUCCAAGCCUCGCAAGCCUCGCAAGCCUGGAGUGGGCCCAAGGCUCAUCAAAGCAGGGUUGAAUUGAAGGGAAUAAGAUCAAGCUU